AUGGCCUCACUUAGUUCAUCGCGGGGGAGUGACCUCCUAGCUCUCCGGUGGCCAAGGCCACCGCAGAAUAUCCUCCUCGUUAGGAAGAAGGGGGCGCCGCAGGUGACACAGUCUCUUAUUGAAUUCGCGAAUCUACCUAUUCCCCCAUUUCUAUCAUAUUAG